CUCCCAUCUCCCCAUCCACCUCUAAGCGCGCUCCAGGCACAGACAGAGGAUUCUGGGCGGGACUGUAGGCGGAGACCUUGACAGGAGCGCGCCUCGUGCACGCGCAGGCCGCUCCACGUGACGCCCGGCAACCAAUGGGCGCUCGGGAUUUAGAAUGUGGGGGUUAAAGAAGAAGGGGAAAAAAAAAAAAAAAAAAGAAAGGAAUAGCGCGCGCUCCCUGUACCAGCCGAAAAGGGGAUCGGAGGCGAAAGAGAAUAAAACCCAAUUACUUUAUUAUUUGUUUCGGUUUAAGAAUCUGAAAAAGAAAGAAAGAGGGGGAAGAAAAAAUAUAUAUAAAUAAAUAAAUUAAAUCCCGCCAGCAACUCACUCCGCACAGACCGAGCCAGGCCCGCGGCACACAGGAACCGAGCGAGCGAGCGAGCGAGCGGAGAGAGCCAUGUCUGAGGAGAAGCCCAAGGUAAUGGCUGGAGACACGGAGAGCGUCCAUGUCGGAGUGACCCACACAGAGACACACAGAGUGCAGGCCGCGGGGGGGGCUCUGUGUGUGGGGGGCCGGCUAGCAGCCUGCCAGCCAGCCUGCCCGGUACACGUGUGAGGGGCUGCUUCUAUCCCAGCACUGACCGGGGAAACCCCCAGCUAGGGCCGCACAGACUCCUGGGAUUUGUAGUACAGCCUUGUGGCCUCCCUUGGGGUGUGUGUGUGUAUAUAUAUUAAUAUGUUUUAUAUGCAGGAUAUUCCGUCUCUCUUGCUUGUGAUAGACAGCAGAGGGAAAUUGCUGUCAAGGAUUUGAUAAAUUGCAGGAGGAAAAUGUAGACAAAGAGAUUACCUACUAAAACGGGGUUUAAACCUUUUACUGGCCGCUCGCUAUUGGCGACUGUUAAUUUUAGUUGUGGCGAGAAGGAAUUUGCCGCCUGUGAGUGUGGCGUAGGCCCUCCAGGCUUGCAAUGGUGAGUAACUUUUAAAGAGCUGAUGGCGGCGUAGGAUUUGAAAUUUUAAGUUCUGUGAUGUUGAAGUUGUGCUUGGCAGCGCGUUUCAUGUGAAGUGAAAUGCGUAGGGGAAAACCGAUGGCACUGGCAAUCUUUUAAUAUGUUUCUCCUAUUGUGGCUUUUUCACGUGUGUGCCUAUUGCUUGAUAUGUAAAUUAUACUUUUGCUUUUUUGGUGGUAAGUAGGAAAUUUUUACUAAGGGACACUAUAGGCACCCAGACCACUUCAGCUCAUUGAAGUGGUCUGGGUGCAGUUUCGCAGUCCCCCUUAGUCCUACAAUGGAAAUCAUUGCAGGAUUAAGAGUGCCUCUAGUGCAGGGCUUGACAAAUUUGCUUUGAAUCUAGGAGCCAGCUAAAAAAGUUAGGAGCCAGAUUUUAAAAUCCAAUUCUAAAAGGGACACAAUGGUCAACAUGACCACUACAGCUUAAUGUAGUGGUUCUAGUGUGUCUAUAGCCUGUCACUGCAGGCUUUUCAAUGUAAACACUGAAUUUUCAGUGAAAAGGCAGUGUUUACAUUGCUUCCUAGUGACCGUCACUCAGACGGUCACUAGAGGUGCUUCCUGUAUCAGUGCUGCACACCUACACUCAGCGUCUCCACACUCUGCACGGAGGCACUGAACAUUCCCCAUAGAGAUGCAUUGAUUCAGUGCAUAUCUAUGAUGAGAUACUGAUUGGUGCAGCAUUUUGCAGCCAAUUCUAUGGCAAAACAACAAUCUUGAUGAUCUAGAGCAGGGGUCCUCAAACUCUGGCCCCCACAGAUGUUGCUAAACUACAACUCCCAUGAUUCCUGGAAUUACAUAGAUAGCCAGAGAAUCAUGGGAGUUGUAGUUCAUCUGAGAGAUGAGUUAGAGGACCCCAGGCAGUCGAGGGAGACCAGCGGGGGGAGAGGUGAGUAAAAACGCCAUUCCCUUGCAAACGGAAAGGGUCUGGUAACCUACACAUACUUAUACCAUGACUUGCGCGCACACACACGCACCAUGACCUACCCACACACACGUCCUAUUCCAGCUCCCGGCAUCACUGCGAGGAAGCAGAGCAGGGAGGUUGUUACAACUCCUUUACGCGCUUGCCCCUCUGCCUCCACCUUCAGGAGCCCCCCGUCCGUGCGCACACCAACGCUCUCACUCGCAAGGCCACCCGCACACGCUUUUACUGAGCUGGCCGACCGACCACCCACAUGCACGCCCAUGUUCUUUAUGAGGCUGCCGGCCGCUCGCCUCCCCUAAUAGUCAGCCAACCAUCUCGGGGGCUCAAUGGGCCAGCAAAUCCCAGGCACCAGGACAAAAAUCCUAGUCGCCACAGCGACCUGCCGCCUGGUAUUUGUCGAGCCCUGCUAUAGGGUUAAGAACUCAAACAUGUUCCUGACCCUAUAGUGUUAAAAAAACAAAUACAUAGCUCCCCUAAAUAUAGUAAAAGUUUAUUUUUAUUCCAGUCUGCUGCUGCUGGCUCUGCCCCUGAUCUGCUUGCUUGGCUGACUUCAUCAGAAGUGUUGAUCUCAACCAAUCACAAUGCUUUCGCAUAAGAAAACAAUGGAUUGCCUGAGACUGUCAAGGAGGCAGAUCAGAGGCAGAGUCAGCACAGCCAAUCAACAUCUCCUCAUAGUGAUGCAAUCCAUCAAUGAGGAAAGUUCAGUGUCUCUAUGCAGAGGGACACUGAAUGGCCGUGCCACUGCCCAGGAAGCACCUCUAGUAGCCAGUGGAGGCAUGACUAGGCUGUAAUUUAAAUGCUGCCUUUUAUUUGAAAAGACAGUGUUUACUGCAAAAAGCCUAAAGGGAAUGUUUCUACUCACCAGAGCAUAUACAAUAAGCUGUAGUAGUUCUGGUGACAAUAGUGUCCCUUUAAGUUUGGUCUUCACAGCAGCACCACUGCUGAGACUUGUAAUAAGCAGAAUAAAAUGUAUAGAUGCGGAGCUUCCUUUUCUUCCCUUUAUCCAGGUAUACACAUGCGGGGGGAAAAGGAGAAACCGAUGCAUAGUGCAGUAAAACACGUAAAAUAACACUUUAUUAAAUUGCACUCACAGAAUAUAAAUAGCAAAAAGGCCCAUCUUAAUCCACUUCACUCGAUCCAAAAGAGAAAAUCAAGGACCUCCCAGAAGCAGGAACUAAUAAAUAAAAUGGGCACGAAGAUAAAUACACAUUUCGUCAGGGGUAUCCCAGCAUCUGUAUCAUGUAUAGACAACAUUUUAUGCUAAAUCUAAUGAGCAUAACUUGUUCAGACUGUGGCGUGCCCUUUUACACUUUGUUCCAUGUAAUAUGUGACCUAUAAAUGCUAAAAAGAAGAAAAUCUUACAUAUUUUCAGAAUCAAAACAAAUUUUCAGGUAUUUGGCAACUAGCCUAGUUCUGGAUAUUUUUAUGGUUUGGAGUUGGAUUCUCAUCCUUUUGUCAUAUACAAUCUUUUGAUUGCUUUGCAGUUUCCAUCACGGUCAACAUCAGUCUUUCAUAAAGUUGUUUUCUCUGUGAAAGUCAUUAAAUGACCAGAAGUGAUAGAGCUGCUUUAAGUAAUCAUUCAUCUAAUAUGCUGUAACAUAGUUUGUGCUAAGUAAGCAACCUUCUAUGGAAGAUCUGCAUACAAAUACCACUUUACAUACAUGUAGUGCCUUUGAAACCUAUAGAACAGCCUCUCGGCAGCAUAAACUGCCUAGUGUACCACAUAAACAAUUGAGAACAAAGAAAAACAUACUACUAGACCAGGGGUAGGCAACCUACGGCACUAGUGCCAUGUACGGCACUCGAGGUGUCUUUGCACGGCACUCAAGGCUGCUAGAGCCAAACAUGGUCUGUCCUAUCAGGAGUCGCAGUAAAACUUUAGAUAUCUGCUAAUACGAAGAGGUGGUGAAGGACAGUCCUCAAUUUAUGCAUUGCAGCACAUAGAGGAAGUGAUCUCCGAUCACUUCCUCCCAGCACUUGUGAAUGGGAAUCCACACUGUAGCAGAGUAGCCUGCAGCUGCUGUUGCAGCUCCUAUACUUUGAGCUAUACCUGGCCGGCCUGGUCCCCACCGGAACCUAGGGAAGCCACCCACACUGCUAGAUUUACACAGAAAUGCAGAAUAACCCUCCCCUCAUACAAAUAAUACGAACAGCCCACACUCAAACAUACACACAAUCCCCACAAACGCAACACCACUAACAAUCCACAUACAUGCACACAACCCCGCAUGCAGCCUCUCACAUGCAAUACCCCAAACAGCCCCCACACACUACCAAACACACAAUGUGACAUAUCCAUCCACACACAAUUCCACAAGCAGCCCUCAUACACAGUCCACAUUCAUAUGUAUCAUACACGAUACCAUAAACAACUAAUGAACAUAUACAAUAUAAUAGCUCAUAUAUGCACAAAUACAACGAUACAAAGCAAUUAGCAAUUGCCUACCCCUGUACUAGACCGUAUUCCUGCAUUUUGGUACCACAGGGUGGUGGGUGUGGUAUAUCAAUAUAUCAGUCUACAGCAGCUAAACUCCUGAAGCGUUAUUGUGUGCCCUUCAACCAUUCCAUGAUGAAAACCGUUUACUUAUGGUUUAAAGGUAAACUAAGGUCCCUGGUUGUCCUUGGCAUCUUUUUACCACCCUUUCCCUGGCGAAUACUUCCUAGUUAAGCAGAGCGUCGUUGUGGUGGCUGUGAUAGAAUGAGAGUGCUCAUGUAAGGCUGUCAUCCUAUUACUGCCCUCAAGAGAAAUGGAAGUGAAAUGAGAAGAACCCCCAAAGAAACUGAAAUAUUAAUGCAAAAAUGUACUUUGUUUCUUUUUAGGAAAGUGUGAAGACCGAAAAUGACCACAUCAAUCUGAAAGUGGCUGGACAGGAUGGAUCUGUUGUCCAAUUCAAAAUAAAGCGACAUACUCCCCUCAACAAAUUAAUGAAGGCAUACUGUGACAGGCAGGUAUGCACUUUGGGCACCCCUCCUUGACACUCAUCGGUGGUCUUCUGUAACUGCUUUUAUUUCCUUGGCUUGUGCUUUUUAGGUUUUCUUGUAUCAAAGUGGGUUGGCAUGGUGGUUUCUGGUAUUUAUAUAUACAUAUAAAUAUGCUGUUGUGCAUAUCUUAAGAUUGACUUGGGGGAGGGGUGGAUUUUUUUGGGCACAAAAUCUCAAGAAAUCCUGUUUCCACAACUGUCCCAGUUAGACUUGUCUGUGCUCCUUUGCAUUACAAGCUGGAACUUUGGGAUAGUUGUGGAAACAGGAUUUCUUGAGUUUCUGUGAUCAAGAGGGACAUUUAAAGUCCAACUUGAUAUGCUGUUAAUGCAUAAGAGUAAAAAAAGGUUUAUAUUUGCACUAUUUUUUUAAAUUAUAUAUAGUAGAUGCUUGCAUGCAUAUGCAUAUAGUGAUUUCUUUUCUGUUGGCUACUUUAUUCCACGUGCAAUUUUUUUUUUUGUUUAUAAUUUAUUUUUUGUCAUGCUAAAAGAAGUCCUACUUUAGUCUACAAACCUACUGAAUAGCAUAUAUAGCCAAAUAGUCAAUGAUAUAUAUGGAUUGAUAAUGGUCUAUUGGAUAUUUAUAUAAACUUUCUAGACUCCUUAGCAUAAUGGAAAGAUACAUACCUUUAUGGCUUAAUGAUUAAACUGGCAUGUUCACUUUUAAAAGGAUCCUAUAGUGCCAGGAAAACAAACCAGGUUUCCUGGCACUAUAGGCUCUUGGAGUGCCCCUCCUCCCUCAGGACACCUCCCCCCCCCUGCUGAUGUCAACUUCCGAGUGGAGCUGAAUGAGAAUGCCCGGCCAGAAGCGAGCGCAUUUAAAUCCUCCCAUAAUAAAGCAUUACUCAAUGCUUUCCUAUGAGGAUCUUAUUUGACGCUGGAGGUCUGUGAGGACGUCCAGUGUCAAAAAAGUGCGAUUUACUCAGUGUAAAUCGUGGAAGCGGCCUCUAGUGGCUUUCAGGGGGACAGCCAAUAGAGGCUGGAUUAACCCUGCAGUGUAAAGAUAGCACUUACUCUGAAACUGCUGUGUUUUCAGCUGCAAGGUUAAAACUAGGGGGACCUAGUUGAGCUGAAGUGGUCUGGGUCCCUUUAGUGGUCCUUUAACCCCUUAAGGACACGACAUGUGUGACAUGUCAUGAUUCCCUUUUAUUCCAGAUGUUUGGUCCUUAAGGGGUUAAUGAUUUCCUGCUAAACUGUAUGGAUUAUAUUCUAAAAUAUUUUUAACUACUAAAAUUUUAACCUUUAGUGAUGUCCCGAACGGUUUGCCGCGGACUCAUCAUUGAGUAAACUUUGACCCUGUAUCUCACAGUCAGCAGACACAUUCCAGCCAAUCAGCAGCAGACCCUCCCACCUCCUGGACAGCAUCCAUUUUACAUUCAUUGUGAAGCUGCAUUCAUAGUGAGCUGUCCAGGAGGUGGGAGGGUCUGCUGCUGAUUGGCUGGAAUGUGUCUGCUGACUGUGAGGUACAGGGUCAAAGUUUACUCAAUGAUGAGUCUGCGGCGAACCGUUCGGGACAUCACUGUUAACCUUUUUCUCACAUGCUACAUAAAAAUCAUGUUUUUUUUUUUUUUUCUUUCUUUUCUUUCCAAUCUUUCCUUCUUCGCUUAAAGUCCUUGAUUCACCGAUGAAUAUUUACGCAUACAGCCCUGUGCAUGUAACAGCUGCAUUGCAGUAUUUUCUACAAGGAAUUUAGAGCAAAGAAUUUUUGGGAAGACUGUUUAGGUCACUUAUGUCCUUUUUAGUGUGAGAUGAGGAUUCAAACUAUGCUUCAAAUGUUUGAUGUAUCAUUUGUGUUUGGCUUUUAUAGCUCCAUCUUUCCUUUUCUUUUACAGGGUCUAUCCAUGAGACAGAUAAGGUUCAGGUUUGAUGGACAGCCAAUUAAUGAAACCGACACUCCUGCACAGGUAUAAGCGUUCAUUUUCUAGGCAUUAAAUCCUAUGCACAGCAAACCAUUUUUCUAAAUGGGUGUAUUACGUGCUCGUUGUCGUAUUUUUGUAAACAUAUCUGUUAGUAAAGUUAAAAAGGAACCACUAGCAUACAAACAGACUAUGGUGCACAUAAAUAAUACUUAAUUCAACAAUGUGUCUUUUAACCUAGUGGUUCUGGGGAAUGAGACUGUCUCUGCAGCGUAAACAUUGUCCUCAGUCUUCCUGAUUGCAGUCUUGCAGUUUUUGCAGGACCGAUGUUCCGCAUCUUCACACUCCACCGAAUGCACCUCAUAGAUAUGCAUUGAGUCAGGACAUCUCUAUGAGAACAUGUGGAUUGAGGCAACACUGAGAUUGCUGUGCAUGCACAUUAGCUGCCAAUGCUUCCCUGUGGGAAAGCAUUGGAUUGAAGAAAAUCCUCUGUAUUGAAGAGUGGUGGCCAUGGCGAGACUGGCACUCUAGAUGACUAAAGUGAAGUUAUUACUCAUUGUACCUUUCAGGGUUACUUACUAAAGUGAGAAAUCAAAGUUAAUUUAAAGGAAUACUAUAGGGUCAGGAACACAAACAUGUAUUCCUGACCCCAUAGUGUUAAACCCACCAUUUAGGUGGCUUUCCCCUUAAAAGGAAUUAAAACCUUAUUUCCAGCCCUGCGUGUGUCCACCAGCUGGGCCCCGCCCCGAUCUGCCUCCUUGGUAACAUAUCAGAAUUGCAAAUUUUUAGGCAAUCUAAUGGUUUCCUUAUGGGAUUGGCUAAAAUCGUCAAGGAUGGGGGUGGGCUCUAACACCGUUUUGGUCAAUCAGAACAUCAUGCAUCUCUAUGAGGACUUGCUGAUUGGUCAAAAUGAGGAAAAUUCAGUAGUGCCUACUGUGCAGCACUUCCCUAGGAAGCACCUCCAGAUACGCACACCGGCGCGGGGGCACAUACACACAGAUGCACACGCACCUUAACACAUACAGAUACAUACAAUGGCAAGUCUGCAGCAGCUCCCUUUCGCUGUUCCCUCUCUUAAUUCGGCCGGCGCUCUCUAAGUCUGGGAGAAAGUGACACUGUCACUUCCUUCCAGCAUCCUACAGGGGCCUGGUUGCUGUCUUAAAGGGCUGCGGUGCCUGACCGGGCCCCUGUUCAGUGAUAGUGAUCGGUUGACCCUAAGUGCUUUGGCCACCCGAUGGGCAAAUCGCUGUGGAACUCCAAUUAGGAAGCGCUGGCCUAAGGAGUCCUAUUGCUUCUAACCGGAGAAUGUGGCACCAUUGUGCACUUUUCUAUAGAUCUUAGCCACAGCUUUAUAUUAUGCAAGUGGUUCCAUUCAUUGUUUUUCAACUGUUACCAUUUAUACACUUGUUGCACUAUGAGUUUCUAUCUCUUUGUUUGUUCUCUAUAGCAGGGGUGCCCAAAAGGUAGCUUUCCCAGAUGUUGUAGAACUAUAAUUCCCAUGAUACUUUGUAUGCCUUUAGAAUAACAAAGAAUCAUGGACGCUGUAGUUUUAAAACAUCUGGGGUCUACCUUUUUGGCACCCCUGCUCUAUAGCAAUUGUGUAUAUAGGUUUACAAACUUUUUGUGUUUUCACAAUGUGUUUUUAAAUUUUUUUUUUUUUUACGUAGUUCUACAUUGUACUUGGUGUACAUUAUCUUUAAAUUGUCAUAUUCUGCCUUGUGUAUGUGGGCUUUCUUAACUUAAUUUUUGUUGUGUUUAUUCUCCUAGCUCGAGAUGGAAGAUGAAGAUACUAUUGAUGUGUUUCAGCAACAGACAGGUGGCAUGUGCUAAAAAAAACACCUUCCUAUGUAGAAGUCCUCUGACUCCUCCAUGCACCUCUUCCCCAUUGGAUUUACUAUCAGAUAGUACAUGCAACACAUCGCAACAAUUCUGAAAUGUUAAGACUGUCCUGGUUUCCCAGCUGAUGUAUUUUGGGUUUAUUCCCCAUUUCCCCACCAGUUGAAAGUGUCAGAAGCCAUUUUGUUAAGAGGGUUAAUCCAAAAUGCUAUGGUUUUUUGUUUUGUUUUUUUUGUCGUUUUUUUAUGUGUGAGUGUUAGUACUUUCUUUUGUCUUCCUCCCCAUGUAUGGCACGGUCUGCUUUUACAGCAGUUCUCAUGUUUGACUCCCUCUUAAUGUAAAUUGCUGUACAUGAUCCAAAGCAGUAUGAAUUUUAAUCUCCUUUGUUUUGAUUGUCACACUUUCAUAAAACCUGUUGCUUUUGUACUGAACUCCUUUUUCUGUAUUGGGUGGAUAAAAAGGCUGUGAGUGCUGAUGGUGAGUUAUAAGAGGAGAGACAUGCUUUUAUUUGGUAGAUUGCUGUAAAAGAGAAACUAUAGGCAGUUUAAUUAGUUCAUCUCAAUGAAGAGGUUAUGGUUCCUGGAGUCUACUGGUACCUUUCCUCUGUUCAGUAUUAAAUGUUUUUUGAUCAGUUUAACUCUAAAUAAGGCUCCUCUACUGCCUGCAGCCCGACAAGGUAUGGCUCAAGUAGGAUUACACUGUUCCUCAGCCAUACUAAAGUCAUACCAGCGGCUGUAAUAGGCUGAAAAGAAUCAGCAGAUGGUCAUCUCUGCUGCCCCUCACUGCACUGGCUAGUGCUUCCACAUUUGCUCAAGCAGCAUCUAAAGCCUGUGCUGCAGGUGCCUGGAGUCUCUCAUUUAUGCCUCAAUUUAAUUCUUUCCAAGUGGUCACUAUGUGUUAGAUGGAAAAAUAAUUUGAAAAGCUUAUUUAAAAAAAAAAUAAAAAAAAAAUGAAUUCCUUGGUGAUAAAUUAUUGGAUAACUGUUUAAUGGUGAACAGAGGGAUGUUGCCAGAGGACUCCAGGCAACUACAACUACUUCAGUGAGAUAAAAUGGUUAGUGUCUAGAGUGUCUCAAAGUUCAUUGGGGGCUUAGUGGUAUUUUCCAAACUGACAAAUACAUUUUAAUUUUACUGGUUUGGGUGUUGAAUAUAAAUGUUUAUCUUUUGGCAACAGAUUGGUGUCCGAGGUUUGUAGUGAAGUAAUCAUGAGUCUUGCCAUGCAGCGUGUUUCUGGUUCCCCCCUCCCCCUUCUUUUUCUUUAAGAUCAUAUAUCUGAUUUCUUCCUCCAGCAGACUAGUAAAUAUGUUGCUUUGGGAAAACACACAAUCAAAAAAUGACCAUGUUGCUUCCUUAGUAGAACAUUUACUGCCAUGUGAAUUAAAAAUAGGAACAUACCAGCUCUACAAAAUUUGUUGAGGGCAUUGUUUGUACAGUAGAAUUUUCUCAUUCAGAGCAAAAAAGAAACCGGUGUGUGAGAGCCACAUCGUAGAAAAAGCAUGUUUGUUUUUGUGUUGUGGGUUUGUUUUUUUGUUUAAAUAACAAAACUGCUUUAAAAUGUUUCAUUCAUACAAAAGGGUCUUUGAAUUGCAAUAUAUGUCUGGUUUUUGACGAUGAUUUUUGACAAAUUGCUUCUACAGCCAGAGUGACAUUUAGUUUUGAAAACUUGCAAAAGCUCUAUCUUAUGAAUAUUAUUUUUAACAUGUAACAACAUUUUUACACUAAUCAGUUCUGAGUUGUAUUCCAGUUAAGUAGAUCAAAUUAAUGAAGAAGAAGAAAAAAACAAACCGUAAACCUACAUCUCCAAAGUAGGAAUUUUGUUUUACUCAUUAGUCCUUAAAUUGUUGCCUCUGGUUUCUUUUAAUACGUAUAACUGCUGGGUAAAUGUAUUAUUUCAACAAUAAAAUCAAGAACAAAAUUUA